AUGAGUGAUACCACAGUCAUGGGAUCCACUCCCCCUCAAGAGGACGUGGAGCUGUCUGAUGAUCAGAUUCAACAGCUUUUACUUGAGGCUGAGGGCCGCCUGGGUGGUACAAGCACACAGGUCGCCCCAGUCGAUAUUUCUUCCAUCAAAAUCCCAAAGCUGGCUACCAGCUCUGAACUAAAGCCCUACAUGCGUCCUGGCGCUGAGGCAGUUGCUACCGUUAACUCGGCCCAGCUCAUCGAUCCCAAGCAAAAGGAGUUGUCCAACAUUCUUCGUCCAGCUUCAACCAAGCCCGCCGCCAAGAAGGACAAGGCCACCGCUGGACCUGAUUGGUUCAACCUUCCCAAGACCGAAUUGACCUCGGAACUCAAGAGAGAUCUUCAGCUCAUCCGGAUGCGUUCAGUCUUGGACCCCAAGAGACAUUACAAGAAGGAGAACGGCAAGGCCAAGAUCCCUGAGUUUUCUCAGGUUGGCACGAUCAUCCAAGGUCCCACCGAGUUCUUCAGCAGCCGUAUCACCAAGAAGGACCGCAAGAAGAACUUUGUCGAAGAAGUCUUGGCUUCCGAGCGUCAAAAUCACCGCUUCGAGUCCAAGUACCGCGACAUUCAAGCCCACAAGACCAGUGGCAAGAAGGCAUUCUACAAGGAGCUGCAAGCGAAGAGAAAUCGCAAGCUUAAGUGA